AUGGAGGGGCACACCGUCUUUCAGUACCUAUACGGUAAUCCCCACCCUUUCUGGGCCAAGCUGGUCCAGGAGCCUUGUUCUCUGAAGAUGUUGGAUGCGGCGCGCGGGUCGGACAUCGUGCUCGACUACUUGGCAUUCAACGGCCAAUAUUCGUGUUCGCCCUACGUGGCCUCGAAUCUCCACCGAAAUUGGGCUUGGGACGUGUUAGUGUGGGCCCGCGACACUCACUCCAAGGACUUUGAGUGGUGCGGGGUGUUGUUUAAGAUAGCGGGAUUACAAGGAUGGGCCCCUCGGACGGCGCCAUUUCCAUACGUCCGGCACGACGGUCAAGGCAUUUUCUAUCCUCCGCGUUGGCUCCGGGAACAGUCCACGACGGAGAAGAACCAGACCGGGCUCUACGCAGUGUUGCCCGACCAUCAGUGCGUCGAAUCGUUGUCGGAUCACUCAGUCGUAGCUGGGUCGGACGUCUCCGGUCUACCAGAAGGCGGGUCGCCGACUUCAGCAAUUACUUUAUAG